ACAUAUUUUGUACAUCAUGAAGAGAAAGCUACUAACAUCCAUUCCUGAUCGCUAUAUCUUACCAAGGUGGACGAUGAAAGCAACUUAUGCUUAUGACAACCGUAAAGAAGUCCUAUGGAGAUUUACUAAUAACGAUGUUGCCAAAGAAGUUACUUUGUUAACUAUAUGGUCUAUAAGAUCAAAAGUUAACAGUGUACACGAGGAUGGACCGGAUUCUGUGACUGAAAUUCAAAAACUUGAUAGUUUUCUUAAUGAUCUUUUGGAAGAGCAAAGUAGGAGGAAGAAUUCUAGAGGUGAGCUGAAUACCAUUGAUAGUUCUACUAUGUCCUUUCAGACAGGAAACAUUUUAGAGCAGAAUGAUGUUUCUGAUCCCAUAUGUUCUGCCAAAACCAAAGGGCGUCUAAAGGUUUCCACUAGAUUAAAGUCGAGCAUCGAAUUGGUCACAAACCCAAGGAAACAGAAAAUGUGUAGUCAUUGUGGAAGAAAAGGCCAUUACAAGACGGGAUGCCAACAAAGAAAGCUCGAUAUGGCUCGAAAUAAUGUGACGGCUGCCAAGAGAGAUCAUUCCAAUAAAACCAGCAGUUGUUAGUGAUUGUUAUUUGAUUUACUAAAUGGUUUUAGUGGUGUUCCGAACUCCUUUUAUUUUUGUGGCUAAUUAUGCCUUUGCAUAAUGUUUGUGAUUGAACAAACAAUUCUUUAUUCUUGAUCUUACCU